AUGACGGUCUGCUGGAUACACUUUAGUCUCUUAUCUGUUGCGCUGACAUUGGAGUCUCCCUUUCCGGUCUUCUAUCUGCUCCUUUGCAACCAGUUGGCGAACCAACAACAGCUACCAUCCAGCUCCAAGACAGACAAGACAGUCGCCAUGCCCCCUGCCACGUCCAAACAAGACGACGACCAUCCGCUGAAUCUUUUCUUCCUGGGCAAUUCGUACUUUGGCCAGAACGGAUUGGCAGGUCUCUGCAAACAAGCUUUCCAGUCAUGCGAUAUCUCGUCGCAUGUUAAAAGCCAUCAUCCAGGGGGUGAAACCUUUUCUGGUCACUUGAACAACUUGAACAAUAAGAAGCAUGGCAUUCACAGAAGUCUCUUGGAAGAGAGGAGCGAUAGCAUUCCGUGGGAUUGGGUGCUGUUGCAACAACAAAGUCAAACACCAGGAUUUGUUCAUGACUCUCCACAACAGUUCCAACAGACAGUGGAACAUGCUCAACAAAUUGUCGCCAACCUCCAAGAGCGACAUGCCCAAAUACAAGUCUUGUUUGUCAUGACAUGGGGCCGUCGACACAACGACAAACACAAUCCUAACCUCUUUCCCGACUUUCUCACCAUGCAACGCAAAAUCACCGAUGGGUAUCUGGCCUAUGUGGCAGCAACCAGCACGCCCAGCAAACCCACCUUUGUGGCUCCUUGUGGCCUUGUCUUUGAAACAAUCCACCAGGAUGCCGUGUCCCGGGGGGAAGAUCCUACCAAGGAGGGAUCCUUGUUUCACUCACUAUAUAUCCGAGACGGGAGUCAUCCCAGCUUGGCUGGAAGCUAUCUAUGUCUCUGUACCAUCCUUGGAACGCUGGUAGAGAUGGAUGUGCAAAAGGAUCUCGAGUGGGUACCACCAAAUUUGGACCCCGACAUUGCGGAACAAAUUCGAGAAGCCGUGAGUCGAACCAUCCGAGAAACUGCCUCCAACCGCAUCAUACGAUAUCCAUGGCAAACAGUACCACCGUAG